AUGAUCACUACCCACAAUGGUAUGCACAACGACAACGGAGGAAUGGGCCUGAACGGUGAAGUAAACGAAGCAGCGGAGGCAGAGAGCAUAAUGGACGACUGUCAGUGCGUGACUCACCCCCUUGGUGACGACACUGUCCUGUUGAGCUCAUUCCUCUAUGAAUAUUUGGUGGACAAUUUUGAGUCCAUCCACCUGGUUCUGAACUCACGCAAAGUGAAAGAUUCCCUUUUGGGUCAUGUAAAGGAGAAGGCACAAGAAUUAAAAAUGCGGAUGGAAAACUGCACACAUGGACCGCAGGGGGACGGUGGAACAAUAUUACGUGGAUGUGAUAAAACCCUGCAAAAGAUCCGUCAGAUUCACCUGGACGGGCUUCUUCUGCUCAGCACUGAUGAAGCAGACGUGGAGUAUAACCACAACUUGGUUAAAGUGGGAAUCGAUCUGCACCUAGACAGAGGCAUCGCAACGGUCACUUCUAACGAAUGUACCCUCAUCAGCAGGAUGUGGAACUACCACCUUGAUGGGAUUAUCACGGGGGGGGUCAACAUGGGAAAUACCCACCCGAAGGAAGCACAGGAGAAGGGGCCAAACGGGGCAGACACGUCGAAGGGGGUAGCCACGCAAAACCAACUCAAAGUGGUUCUCAGAAGAAGCUGCAUCAACGACAGCAGCACACAGGAAGAAGAUCGCGAAAUCGUCAACCAGCUCAUUAACACCAUCAUGUUGCACUCCAUAAGUGGAGAAACCAAAUUGGAGGAAAAAAAAAAAAAAAUUUUAUUCCAAAAUGUUCAUGAAUGGUGUUAUCCCCCCUCUUCAUCAACAAAUGAUAUACAAAGCAGAGUCCACCGGAUCAAUGCCCUCCUGUUCGAUCUGUUCGAGCCUGAAUUUUACAACUCCACUUUGAAAAAGAGCAACUCCAUAGAGUACAAAGAAUUGUAUGAGCAGUAUCAUAACGUCAUGAUCAAAUCGAAGCACAUAAAAUUGAAUGAUUUGUUUGUGGAGUACCUCCUGCUCGAUUCGGUUUUCCUCCCAAGUUACGUCAAACGGAACACGCUACGGGCAGUACAGGAAGAGGACAAUGAGUACUCCUCCUUCGAUUCAUACUCGGACGCAUCAUCGGAUGUGUCAGAGGAAGGAACCCACUCAGAAGCGAAAAGUGCACACAUGGGUUGUGACACCGUCGUAGAAGAAUCGACUGAGUUGGGAUGCCACAAAAACGACCUCACUCACAAUUACAUCCCGGAUGAUAGAUGUGAAAAACGCAAACGAAAGGACCUCUUCAAGAAUGAGCAGUUCCGAAGCCAAUUGGAGGAAAUACAACAAGCCAUCGAGGCACUCAACGGAAGUGUCUUCCUACGAGUGAAUUACAAAAAUUUGAAAAAGGGCUCCUUCGUCAACAAUUUCAGUCUAGAGGUUAACACCCUAUAUGAUGCCCUGCUAAUGUUAAAAAGCUGCACAGACGUUUACAAGACGUUGAAGCAGGAGCAAAAGAACAGAGACAACUACCUCAUUCUAUCAAAAUACAUAAAUCUAAACAUCUGCUUCCUCUUCGAUGUGUAUGUUUAUUCCAACAGUAUAGUGGCCGUGUCUCAAAAAUGCCUCAAUUAUUACUUCGACUUUUUAUCCAAACCGGAUAUAAUUGAAGAAGUCGUACAGACCAUAAGUGUCUUCUUCAAAAAACACAUUAAGGACACCUUCCCCCAGGACCACUACAUUCUGCAGUUAUACAUCCACACGGUUAAAAAAACGAAUAAGAAAAAGGUUCUCCUUAUAAAUGCAAAAAGCUGGCUCUUCAAAAACAAGCAUCCUCUUCUUACAAACAAUUUUUUCACCAAUUAUUUGUUCACCGAUGGGGUGGAUGAACAUCGUGGUCACCCAAAUUCGCGGGGCAUCUACAAAAUUGAUGCUUCCUCCUUUGCGGUACAACCCCUGACGGUACAUAAAAGUGAAAGCGGUGAGGUGCACAUGACAACCAACAUAACAGAACCUUCGUCGCAACAUGUCACGCAGGAAAAGGAAGAAACGGACAACCAAGCCGGUACUGCCAAAGAGGAAACACAAUCUGACCUGUACGUUUGUGAUGGUAUCCUCUACUACUGCAUUACGAAGGAUGAGGCGAUCUACAAGAAGAACGCGAAUUUGUACCCGAAGGACUUAAACUACGUCAAGGAGGGCGAAAUCGACAUGGACAAUCUGCUAGAGACGAUCAAAAUGCAAAACGGCGGCGCUCUUCCCUGA